AUGAUGGACGUCCGUGUGGGGGGAAAGUAUCGUUUGGGGAGGAAGAUUGGGAGCGGAUCCUUCGGCGACAUCUACCUUGGUACGAACAUCUCCACAGGAGAUGAAGUCGCUAUCAAAUUGGAAAGCGUGCGGUCUAGGCAUCCACAACUAAUCUAUGAAAGCAAGCUGUACAAAAUCCUCACAGGGGGAAUCGGAAUCCCAACUCUUUACUGGUAUGGGAUCGAGGGGGAUUACAACGUUAUGAUUAUUGAGCUUUUGGGCCCGUCUCUUGAGGACCUCUUCAGCAUUUGCAACAGAAAGCUUUCUUUGAAGACCGUUCUGAUGCUCGCUGACCAAAUGCUAAAUCGUAUUGAGUUCGUCCACAGCAGACAUUUCAUCCAUCGAGACAUCAAGCCUGACAAUUUUUUGAUCGGUAGGGGCAAAAAGAUGUCCAUUGUUUUUGCUAUCGACUUUGGCCUCGCAAAGAAGUACAGAGAUCCCAGAACACAGUCCCACAUUCCUUAUCGAGAAGGAAAGAACCUGACAGGUACCGCGAGGUACGCCUCUGUGAACACCCACUUGGGAAUAGAACAAAGCAGGCGCGAUGAUCUGGAAGCGCUCGGCUACGUCUUAAUGUACUUCAACAGGGGUUCCUUACCCUGGCAAGGGUUAAAGGCCACUACGAAGAAAGAUAAAUAUGACAAGAUUAUGGAGAAGAAGAUGUCGACUCCUAUUGAAGUCCUUUGCAAACAAUUUCCAUUUGAGUUUAUCACGUAUCUGAACUACUGCCGGUCUCUGCGAUUCGAAGAUCGCCCGGACUAUUCUUAUUUGAGACGGUUGUUCAAGGACCUUUUCUUCCGUGAGGGAUACCAGUAUGACUUUAUCUUCGAUUGGACAUUUGAUUCUCACUGUGGCGCUGCACUGCACUUCGCAGUGUGCAACGUAUUGGUGAGCGUGAAACAAGAAACCGUCACACCUUGUGGAUGCGUUGCAGCUGCAUGCUGA